AUGGCCUCUCAAAAUGUUGGACACGAGCCGGACGAGACUAGCUUCAAUGUGCUUGCUAGAUCCUUCGCCAUGAUCAUUUUCUCAGAAAUCGGUGACAAGACGUUCCUCAUCGCCGCCAUCCUUGCCAUGCGACAUCCGCGUCUCGUCGUCUUUGCUGGUGCCCUCUUCUCCCUCAUCGUCAUGUCAUUCUUGUCAGCGGAGCUCGGGAACCUGCUUCCUACACUCAUACCCAAGAAAUGGACACAAGCAUGUGCAGCGGUGCUAUUUCUGGUAUUCGGUGUCAAGAUGCUGCAGGAAGCUCGCGAGAUGCAGCCAGACAAGCUUCAGGAGGAGAUGAAGGAGGCGGAGGAGGAUAUAGAGGGCGACGAGGCACUCGCAGAUGGGACUGGUAUGGCCGUGAACGAUGACGACGUGAUCCCGCUCGAGGAAGUCGAGGAGGGCGGUCGGCGGCACGCCCACGUCCGUAAGCUUAGCACGGGCUCUGGUGGCAGCGCACGAUACACGAGAGCCUCGCGGACGAAGAAGACCGCGGAUGCGAUACGCAACUUCUUCAGCCUUUUCCUCGGCCCCGUGUUCGUACAGUCCUUCGUGCUCACGUUCCUCGGCGAAUGGGGCGAUCGGAGUCAGAUUUCGACGAUCGCGCUAGCUGCUGCACAUAACGUCUACCUCGUGACGCUGGGCACGGUCGUCGGACACUCAUGUUGUACUGCUCUUGCGGUGAUUGGCGGCCGCUAUAUCUCCACAAAAAUUUCUGUCAAGCACGUGACGCUAGGAGGGAGUUUACUCUUCCUUGCGUUUGGUGUCAUAUACCUCUACGAAGCGUUUGUGAUGGACGCAGAUACUGCGGAUUUAGACUUCAACCCAGCGAAUUAA